AUGAAUUUCAGAUAAGAUCAAAUUGAUUAUAAGGAUCUGGUGCGAAGGAGAGAGGAGAAACGCCUGGUCAUUGGAAAGAAGAAGAAUCAAUUUGCUACAAGUAUCAAGCUUAUUUACAACGUAGAUUCACUUUCAAAUAAUGAAGAGGUGUACAAACAGUUAUAUCGCUUUGAUCCAGAGGUAAUGAAGUUUUCAAUUAAAUUAGAGAGAAUUAUAAGAAUACAGUCUAGCUAAGAAUGAGGAAUAGCCUAUUUAGCAGGCUGGACCCAUUGAAUAAUCGCAAGAGGAGCCAAUCGAAGAGGAAGAGCAAGUAUUGAUUAGAAUAAUAAAACUAGGCUCAGCCAGACAAUGUUACAUAUACAGCUAUGGUGAAGGGAUUAUUUAAAGAGAAGGUCCAAGUGUCUAAAAUACAAAAAGCCAAUUACAUAGAUGCUACUGUCUUUCAUUAAUAUUAGAAAUUAAUUUAAACUGGGGAAGACGCCAUUAAAUUUUUUGCUAAGUAUGGAAACACUACUCCAAUUAAAUUUAUUAAUUGUGUGAGCAAAGCUGGAUUUAUUGAACUCUAAUGUGAAGCUUACAAUAAGAAAGACAAAUUAAGGCGUCAAAAUAAUACUGACGGCGCUGAACUUGAGUUGCCUAUGGAGUUCAAUAAAAGUAAAGAACCCUUCCGACCUUAUGAUCUGAUUGUUGUAAAAACAAGGGAAAAUCAGAAGGAAUAAACAUUAAGAGAAUACUAUACUAUAUCUGCCCAUGGAAUUGUCCAUGUUUAUACUGAUAAAGGAAAGAAGAGAAUGUAAGGGGAUUCUAGCACUGAAGUCAUCUCGCUUUCUGAUUGGAUGCAUGAAAGUACUAUGUUCAAUAUUAUCACCAAUAUUUAAUUUUUCAAAAAUUAUGCCAUAAGUAAAUUACUUUAUAUAUAAUUCUAGCCAAAAUCUUUAAUAUUUGGAAAUCCAAUGUCAGAUACAAUCUAUUUAGUAAGACCAGAAAAAAGUUGAUACAUGAAUCUUUUGUAGCUAAACCAGCCUUUGCUCAGCACUUGAUGGAUAUCAAUCAAAUGAUGUAUGAAUUACAACUGCAGAAAACUCUAAGUAACAGUAUUCAAUAAGCCAAUAAAACUUGGGAAGCUGAUGAUUUCUUCAAAGGAGAUUAAAAGAAAGCCAGAUCAGAUGCCUCUAAGCAUUAUGAUUCUGUGAUUGAUAAGGUGUUAUAAAAAUUAGAUACUGUUUGUAAAGAAGUUAUUGAUAGGACAAACUAAAACAAUUAGUAAGAAAAUGAAGAAGCCAGAUUUGGAUAAUAAGUCAAAUAGAAACCUAUGAAUGAGGAGAGAAAAGAAAAAGAGGAAAAUGCCUUACUUUUAUAAUUGGCAGAAAAAGACAAAGGCAGAUUACAUUUGUUCAUUAAAUUGGUGGAUUACAUGACAGUUGAAACUCUAGUUUCUAUUAAUUAAACUUCUAUGAGCAUGUUAUUGGAGGAAAUGAAAAAAGAACGUAAAAAUGGAUUGUUCAAUACAGCAGUGAAUUUUGAUGUUUAAAUAUUCACACCUGACGAAAAAGAAAUCUCAGAACAUCUGAAAUGCUUAUUAGAUGACAUGAUUGUGGUUAUGAGAAAUACUGCUAGAGUGAUAUCUCAUUAAAGUAUGAUUGGAUACAUAAAGAACACUAAAUUAGGAGAAUUGUUAUCUGAACAAAAAGAAAAUAAAGAUUGCAUAGCUGAUGUCCAAGGCAUCAUUACUGAUAGCAUUGAAUAUUAAAAUAUCAAAAAUGAAAUAUUUGAAAAAGUAACUAGUGAUUUUCUAGCCGCAGAAGUCUAUGUAAAUACAAAUUACAUGAAAUGUAAACCAAUUUAUGAAUUUUUAAAUACAUGGAAUUAAGGAGAAUUUGAAAAAGAAGAACAUACACUUGAUAUCAUCAAAUCUCAUGUUAUAGAACUUAAAAAAUGGUUGUAGGAUAUCAAUUUUUAUAUUAAGGAUAUCGCUAAAGGAAUUCUUAAUGUAGAUGGCAAGAAAAUUAAAAACAAACUUUAACCAUAAGUUAUUACCAAAUUAGAGAAUUUUAAAGACUACCUAUAUAAAUUGAUGUAAAAGAAAGCCAACCAAACUUUAACCACCUUAUAGACAUACACAUCAAAUCUAUCUAAGAAUCCCUAAAAUCUUAAAGAAUAUGCUGAAUUUAUAGAAGCAAUUUAAGAAGCUGAAUAAAAUAUCAAAGGACUAGAAAUAGCAAAAAUAGAAGUUGAAGCUAUGCAUUCUUUGUUAAAAUCUAAAUUUGACUUGAAUCCUUUGAAAAACUCUGAUAUUGUAAUGAUGGAUGACAUUCAGGCUGAAUAUUUAAGAUUGACUUUGAAAAUUAAAGAAGCUGAAGAAUUGUGUAAAGAAAGAAAAUAAGAAAUGAUGAAAAAGCAUGAAGCUGAAUUUGCCAAAUUCAUUACUAAUAUUCAAAAUACAACUUCAUCAGUUAAUAAGGGAAAAUUAAUAUUAGAAGAUACUUAACCUGCAGAUGCAUUACAAUAAUUAAAUGAAAUUAAACUCAGAUCUUUGGAUAGAUUCAAAGAGAUGGAUAAGAACUAUUAGCAUUAUGCCAAAUUAAUGGGGUUGAGUGUUUCAACAAAUAGAGAUUUAUAAGAGUUAGAAGCUACUUAUAAUGAUAGAAGGAUGCUUUGGACUCAUUCUGAUAAAUUCAACAAAUUGUAUGAGGAUUUGUAAAAAAAUAUAUUUACCACCUUGAAUGUUGAAGAAAUAGAAAAAGAAAUGAAGAGCUAUGAAAUUGGAAUAUUGAAGUUAAGAUAAAACAUUAAUAAUCUAUCAAAAGAAGGAAGAGAUAAAGUAUUAGAUCAACAUGCUACUAGAGUCAGUAGUGUUUCAAAUAUUAUGCCUGUUAUAUAAGCAUUAGGAAAUAAAGAUCUAAGACCAAGACAUUGGAAAAAAAUAUUUGAAGAUUUAGGAUCUUCUUGGCAACCAGGAAAAACAUUUACACUCUAAGAGUUGUUAGCAGAUGGUGUUAUGAAUAAAAGAGAGAAGAUAGAAGAAAUAUCAGCCAAGGCAUCAGGUGAAGCUAGUAUUGAAGCACAAAUUGAAGAUAUUAAAUCAAAAUGGUCAUAAUUAUCAUUCAUAGUCAAUCAUUAUAGAGAAGCUAAAGAUAAAUUUAUUAUUGGUUCAUUAGAUGAUAUUAUUGCAGCAUUAGAUGAUCAUUAAUUAAAAGUUUAAACUAUGUUGGGAACUAGAUUUGUUGCUGAAAUUAGACCAGUUGUUGAGGAAUGGGAAAGAAAGUUAGUUCUCAUAUCAGAUAUAAUUGAUGAAUGGUUAUCUUGUCAAAGAUAAUGGAUGUAUUUAGAAAACAUUUUCAGUGCAGAUGAUAUCUAAAAAUAGUUACCUUAAGAAACAACUAAAUUUAUGGGAGUUGAUAAAUUCUGGAGAGACAUUAUGAUGAAAACAUUUAAAAGACCUUUAGUAUAAGAUUGUUGUAAUUCUGAAGAAUUGUUAAAGAAGUUUUAGAUUAAUAAUAAGAUUUUGGAAGACAUUUAAAAGAGUUUAGAUAAUUAUCUAGAAACAAAGAGAUAAGCAUUUCCAAGAUUUUACUUUCUGUCAAAUGAUGAAUUAUUGGAAAUUUUAUCAUAAACUCGUAAUCCUCAUGCAGUUUAAGCUCAUUUAAGAAAGUGUUUUGAUAACAUAAAUAGAAUUAAAUUCUCUGAUAUUGAAGACUCAACUGAAAUUAUUGCCAUGUAAUCAGCAGAACCAGAGACAAUGCCUGAAUUGGUUCCAUUUUCAACAAUAGUUAUGGCUUAAGGUCCAGUAGAACACUGGCUAUUGAGAAUUCAAAAUAUGAUGGUUAAAUCAUUAUAUGAUAUUACUAAGAAGGCAUAUUUGGCAUAUCCAUAAAAGGAAUUAGAGAGAGAUGAGUGGUUAUUCGAAUAUCCAGCAUAGCCAGUUUUGACUGUAGAUUUGAUAAAAUGGACAGAAGGAUGUACGACAGCAAUUGAGAGAAUGGGCAUGGGUAGAAAAACAUCAUUGUCAUAAUAUUACGAUUUUAUGGUCUAAUUAUUAAAUAAGGAAGUGUCAAUUGUGAGAGGAGAUCUGAAUACUCUUCAAAGAACAUUAAUGGGUGCUUUGAUUGUGUUGGAUGUACAUGCUAGAGAUGUUGUUGCAACUAUGGUUGAUAAGAAUGUAGCAUCUUUAAAUGAUUUUGAAUGGGCCAAACAAUUGAGAUAUUAUUGGGAAGCAGACGUCGAUAAUUGUGUAGUCAGAUAAACCAAUACGAGAUUUAUUUAUGGUUAUGAAUACUUGGGAAAUGGACCAAGAUUAGUUAUUACUCCACUUACUGAUAAAUGUUAUAUGACAUUGACAGGAGCAUUGCAUUUAAAUUUUGGAGGAGCUCCAGCAGGACCAGCUGGUACUGGUAAAACUGAAACAACUAAGGAUUUGGCUAAAGCAUUAGCUGUUCAAUGUGUGGUGUUUAAUUGUUCUGAUGGUUUGGAUUUCAAAACCAUGGGUAGAUUCUUUUCAGGAUUAGCAUAAUGUGGAGCUUGGGCAUGUUUCGAUGAGUUUAAUCGUAUAGACAUUGAAGUCUUGUCAGUCAUAGCCUAAUAAAUAUUAACCAUAUAACAGGCUAUUAGAUAGAAGGUAGAUCAAUUUGAUUUUGAAUCUCGUACAAUUCCUCUGAAUAGAAGAUUUGGAGUAUUUAUUACAAUGAAUCCAGGAUAUGCAGGUAGAACUGAAUUACCAGACAAUCUUAAAGCCUUGUUCAGACCAGUGGCUAUGAUGAUUCCUGAUUAUGCUAUGAUUGCAGAAAUCAUUCUAUUUUCAGAAGGAUUUGAAGGUGGUAGAAUAUUAGCUCGUAAGAUGGUUAAUUUAUAUUCAUUAUCAUCUGAACAAUUAAGUAAGCAGGAUCACUAUGAUUUUGGUAUGAGAGCAGUCAAAUCAGUGUUGGUUAUGGCAGGUGCCUUACGUAGAAAGAAUGCAAAUAAGCCUGAAAAUGAAGUGCUUAUCAAAGCAAUGAAGGAUAGCAAUGUUCCAAAGUUUCUUGAACAUGAUCUACCAUUAUUCAAUGGAAUUAUCAAAGAUCUAUUCCCAGAAGUGGAUAUGAAAGAAGAAAUAGAUAAAUAAUUAGUUGAUGCUAUUACAAAUUAACUCAAAUUAAUUCAUUAUGAUGAUCCAGCUGCUUUUAAAAAGAAAAUCUGCUAAUUGAUGGAAACCAUACAAGUGAGACACGGAGUCAUGGUUGUUGGUCUAACUGGUACUGGUAAAACUACAUUAAUACAUACUCUUGCAAGAGCUAUGGAAUAGUUAAAUAAAGAAGGAUCUUAAGAUUAUUAUCAUAAAGUUGUGUAAAAGCAAACAUUGAAUCCAAAAUCAGUUACUAUGAAUGAAUUGUUUGGUUAUACUAAUGUGUUAACAAAUGAAUGGACAGAUGGUAUUGUUGCUAGUAUAGUAAGAACUGCAGUUACAGAUACAACUGAUCAGAAGAAGUGGAUCAUUUUUGAUGGUCCAGUGGAUGCACUUUGGAUUGAAAAUAUGAAUACAGUGUUGGAUGAUAAUAAAAUGUUAUGUUUAAACAAUGGUCAGAGAAUUAAGUUGCCUGCCACAUUCACUAUGAUGUUUGAAGUUUAAGAUUUGGCAGUGGCAUCUCCAGCUACCGUAAGUAGAUGUGGUAUGGUUUAUAUGGAACCACAUCAUCUAGGAUGGGAACCAUUAGUAAAGACUUGGGGAGUGUAAAUGAGAGAAUAGUAUAUGAAAGAUGAUAAGGUUCCAACCUAUGUGGAUACUCUAAUUGAUAAGAUUGAGCAUUUCUUUAAAGAUAAUUUGAAAGUUGUGAGAGAAGAAUUCAAAGAGAAAAUUCCAACUACUGUUAACAAUAUUUUGAAAUCACUACUUAAUUUGGCUUAAAUUAAUUUGAAAUCAUUGACUGAAACGGUUAAUCUAGAGAAGAUGAACAAAUUUGACAUGGAAUCUCAUAUUGCUAUGGUAUUGAUUUUCAGUUACAUCUGGAGUGCUGGAGCAAAUCUACAUGAUUCCAGUAGAUCUUAAUUUAGUUAAUAUUUGAAAGGAAAGAUCAUUUCAUUAUUUAGUGGAUUCCCAUUUGAAGGAGAUGUCUACGAUUACUAUUGUGAUUACAAGAGCAAGGAAUUCAAACCUUGGACUGAUAAAAUUUAAGAAUUUAAAUAUAAUUCAAGCAUACCUUAUUUCAAUAUCUUAGUACCAACAAGUGACACAGUCAAAUUCAAGUAUUUGAUCACUCAAUUAAUUGAGGGAGGAUUCAAUAUUCUUCUAUCUGGAGAAACUGGUACUGGAAAGACCGUUAUUAUAAAUGAAUACUUGUAUAGUUUAGAAUAAGAAAGGUUUGUGUUCUCUACACUGAACUUCUCUGCAUAAACUAGUGCCAAGAACUUAUAGGAUCUAUUUAUGGAUAAGGAUAAGUUUAUGAAAAAGAAGAAAGAUCUGUUAGGUCCACCAGCUGGUCGUAAAAUGAUUCUCUUUAUUGAUGAUGUAAAUAUGCCUGCAUUGGAAAAGUAUGGUGCUUAACCACCAAAUGAAUUGUUUAGAUAAAUCAUCGAUCAAGGUGGAUUCUAUGAUCUCAAGAAAUUGUAUUUCAUGUAUGUUAAGGAUUGUCAAUUCAUUACAGCUUGUGCUCCUCCAGGAGGUGGACGUAACCCUGUUACUCCUCGUUUAUUCAGGCAUUUCAAUCAAACCUGGUGUCCAGAUCUCUCUUAAAGAUCUAUGGAAGUCAUCUUCACUGCUAUUCUUAAAGGAUUUCUUAUGGAAUAAAAUAAAGGAUUGGAUAAAUUUGCAUCUUACAUCGUCAAAUCAAGUGUAGAAAUCUAUUUUAAAAUUACCAAGGAAUUGUUACCUACUCCAACCAAAUCUCAUUAUACUUUCAACUUGAGAGAUCUCAGCAAAGUUAUCUAAGGAAUAUUAUAAGUUAGAUAUGAAAACUUAACAAAUAAGGAAAUGCUCAUUUAAUUGUGGGCACAUGAAUCACAAAGAGUAUUUUAAGAUAGAUUGGUUGAUGAUAAAGACAGAGAUUGGUUUUUGACUCUUCUAAUGGGACACACUCAGAGAGUCUUUGAAUUUGAAUGGGAAAAACCUCAAGUUUAGAAUCUACUCUUUGGUGAUUAUAGCAAUGCUAAUAAGGAUUAUAUUAGAAUUGAUAAUCCAUAAGAAUUGCCACGUAAAUUCUAAGACUUCUUAAAUAUGUAUAAUGCAUCUCAAAAGCAAAUGAAUCUUGUAUUUUUCACUGAUGCCAUCAUGCAUCUUAGUAGAUUAUGCAGAAUUCUGAGAUAACCAAGAGGUAAUGCACUUUUGAUUGGUGUUGGUGGUUCAGGAAGACAAUCACUAACCAAAUUAUCUGCCUAAACAAGAGGGUAAACUGUAUUUAGCAUUGAAAUUACCAAGAAUUAUAGAGAGUAAUCAUGGAAAGAUGAUCUCAAGAGGUUAUUGAAAACAGCAGGAGCUAAGGACUAACCUGUAGUGUUCUUGUUCUCUGAUACUUAAGUUGUUAGAGAAUCAUUUUUAGAGGACAUUAAUAAUGUUCUUAAUACAGGUGAAGUGCCUAAUUUAUGGGCGACAGAAGACAUUGAAGAAAUUAUCAAUGAUGUCAGACCAUUGGCAAAGGAAUAGGGAUUAUAUGAUUCAAGGGAUGUUUUGCUUAAAUUCUUUGUAAGUAGAGUAAGAGAGAAUUUGCAUAUCGUCUUAGCAUUCUCACCUGUUGGAGAAAAGUUGAGAAACAGAUGCAGAUAAUUCCCUUCCAUUAUUAAUUGUUGUACCAUUGAUUGGUUUGAUAAAUGGCCAGAUGAGGCUCUUAAUAGUGUUGCAAUGAAAGAUUUGGGAGGUUAGGAACAUUUGGGUAUUGGGGAUUUUGUUGACAGCUUGGCUAGCAUGUCUGUCAUCAUCCAUUCAGAUGUGAAAACAUAUAGUGAAAGAUUUUAUGAUGAAUUGAGAAGAAAGAACUACGUUACUCCUACUAGUUAUUUGGAAUUAUUGAAAUUAUACAUUGACAUGAUGAAGGUGUAAUCAAAUAUAUUACCUUAAAAAAUCAAGAAAUACACUGUUGGUUUAUAAACUCUGAAAGACACUAAUGAGGAAGUUGGAAAAUUGCAAAAGAAAAUCAUUGAGUUUUAACCUAUUCUUGAAUAAAGUGCAAAAGACAAUGCUAAAAUGAUGGUUGAAUUAGAAGGCAAAUCAAAAGAAGCCAAUGUCACUGAAUAAAUUGUUUCAAAAGAAGCAGCAGAAGCAUAGAAGAAGAAAGAUGAAGUUAAUGAAAUGAGAAAUUCCUGCUAGGCCGAACUAGAUCAAGCGUUACCAAUCUUGGAAUAGGCUUAAAAAGCUGUUUAAAGUAUUGAUAAAGCAGCUAUCAAUGAAAUGAAAGCCUUAAAGACUCCCCCAAAUCUAGUGUAAAUUGUCAUGUGUGCAGUCAACUUGCUCUUUGAUGAAAAGGAAGACUGGCCAACAGCUUAAAAAGUUCUUGGUCGUAUGACCUUUAUUCAAGAAAUGCUUGAAUUUGAUGUGACAAAGGUUCAAGAAAGAAGGUUACAGAAAUUGAAGUAAACUUAUCUUAGCAAUCCUGAUUUCACUAAAGAAAAGAUUAUGAAUGUGUCAUAAGCAGCUACAACCUUAUUGGUAUGGGUGGUUGCAACUGAAAAGUUUGCAUAGGUUAAAAAGGUUGUUGGUCCUAAGGAGAAGGCAUUAAAAGAAGCUGAAGCAUCCUUAAAGAAGGUUGAAUAAGAAUUGGCAGUAAAGAUGGGAUAAUUGAAGGAAGUGUAAGACAUGGUUAAUGAACUCAAGAGAAAUCUUUAGACUUCUAUCAACAAAUCAGAAAUGCUGAAAUAACAAUAAUAGACAGCUGAGAUCUAAUUAGUAAGAGCAGAGAAGUUAGUUUCAGGAUUAGCUAGUGAAGCUGAGAGAUGGAAAGUCAAUGCAGCACUAUUAGAAGAGGAUUUAAGGAAUCUAGUUGGAAAUAUUAUGUUGGCUGCUGGUUCAAUAGCCUAUCUGGGACCAUUUACUUAUAAUUAUAGAUCUGAAAUUAUAGCCAAAUGGAUCAACAAUUGUAAAGAGUUGAGUAUUCCUGUGAGUGAUAAUUUCACUCUCUAAAGGAUUUUAGCAGAAGAAGUAACCAUCAGAGAAUGGUAAGAAGCUGGAUUGCCUGCAGAUAAUUUAUCAAUUGAUAAUGGAAUCUUUGUUUUCAAUUGCAGAAGAUGGCCCUUAAUUAUAGACCCUCAAGGUUAGGCUAAUAAGUGGAUCAAAGCACUAGGAAAGGAAACCAAUUUACAAAUUACAAAAUUGAGUGAAAGUAAUUUCCUAAAGACUCUUGAAAACUCGAUUCGUUUUGGAUAAUAAGUUUUAAUGGAAAAUGUUGAGGAGGAACUUGAUCCAUCUUUAGAACCUAUAUUAUAAAAACAAAUCUUCAAAAAAGGAGCUCAAUAUCUCUUACGUCUAGGUGACUAGGAUAUUCCAUACAACAAUGAAUUCAAAUUAUAUUUUACUACCAAACUACCAAAUCCUCAUUACAUACCUGAAAUCAGUAUUAAAACUACUAUCAUUAACUUUNUGAGUUUUAACCUAUUCUUGA